GAGCGUGCGUUCGCCAGGACGAUUGGCUCACCGGAAGCGUCUCCAGGCGCGCGCUCCCGCCGCUGUUGCGGCGGCAACAGUAACCACGUGAGAGGAGAGCUUUUAAAAGAGAAGCUAAAAGACGCCGCCGUCCCGAAAUAACGGAGAGCAGAGCUUUGCCGGCGUUGUUGCGGGGCGGCCACUUCAGUCGAGCUACAGCGUGUGCGCGCGGUGCACGCACAAAGGACACAGCCCGAGGGACCCCACCUGGAGUCUUCGCCAUGCCGACGGCACCCUGUCUCCAAACUCUUCAGCGGGAGCUGGCAGACUCCAUCAUCCGGCUAGCCCCCCUAGACGAACUGAGGAUCCUGCUGGCGUGCGGUGCACGAGUCAACGAGCCCGUGACGCAGGGACUGCGACCCCUGCACUACGCGGCUUACCAGCAGUAUGACGAGGCCGUCCAGCUGCUCCUGGUACGAGGCUGCGACGUGGACGCGAUGGACGACGUGGGAUACACGGCGCUGCACCUGUGCGCCGAGCGCGGCUUUCUGCACACGGCCGAGACGCUAGUGUGCCAGGGUAACGCCCGGGUGUGCUUCACGGCGCAGACAAAGCCGCUUCUCGGCAACCCUCCGAGGGCCACGCUCGCCGACGAACCGCUCAGGCUCGCCGUCAAGAACGGGCACUACGAGUGCGCCGACAUGUUGCUGCGUCACGGCGCCAACCCCAACGCGAGGUACUUCCUCGGCGCCGAAAUCAACCUGGUGGGCCCGUUGAACGUGAGGUUCAUCGAACUCCUGCUGCGGUAUGGCGCGGAACCGGACGCCCGAGAUCGGGGAGGCCUGACGCCCCUCAUGAAGGCCGCCAGACAUCCGCACGGACUCGAGACGGUUCAGCUCCUGCUGAAGCACGGUGCGGACGUCAACGCCAUGGCGCCGGACCGACACGACCGCCGGACCGUGCUCCACUACGCCGUACUCUCGGGAAACCUGUCAACGGUCAAGCUUCUCAUCGACAACGGCGCGAAGGCAAGAAUGGCUCCCGGGUACAGGCAUCCGAGUCCGCUGGACUUCGCCAUCCUCCGCGGAGACAUGGCGGCCGUUCGACUACUCCUGGACGCCGGGGCUGACGUGAACGCCGGAUCUCCGAUCGUGGGCUCUCCCCUCCAUCUGGCUCUCUCGGAACGCUGCAAGGACCGGGAGGCCCUGGUACGUCUGCUUCUGGAACGCGGCGCGGACCCCAACGGUCUGACGUACGCCGAACCAGGGGGGUCGCCCCUGGUUCAGCCGCCGCUGGGAGAGUACCUCUGCGGACAGGAGGAAGAACCCAAGAGCUCGCUGAUCCGGCUACUCCUGAGGUACGGCGCGAGAGUGAUCCUCCGGCCGCAGUCCAAGGAUCCUUUGGGGAUCCUGCGGUCGGUUCACCGGCUACGGGGGGACGCUUUGGACACCGUGCUUGAAGCCGCGGAGACCUGUUACAGACCUGCCGUGGAGAGGUCUUUGCUCUUACUGGGUCCCGAAGCCAAGGAAGCCCUCGUAGAAUUGGCGGCGACACCUCAGCCGCUCAAGCACCAGGCGAGACUCGGCAUCCGGAAGAUCCUGGGAGUCGGUCCUCAGUUGGCCAAGAAGGCGCUCUCGCUAGACGUGCUGCCCGGAGCACUGCGUCGGUACUUGAUCUACGAGCACUGACGUAUCCUGGUGGUGCUUAUUCUUUUUUACGUGUGUACAGACUGUACAGAUCUUACAGCAGCGGAAGAGCUGCAGCGGCGACAACGGCUGUCUCGUUGGAUUCACAACGGAGAUAACAUCAAGCGGCUCAGCAAAUUGUGUGCGAUAUUGUGUAUAAAAAGUGUUUUCUUUUUUUGUUUUUUCUCAACAAAACAACAAA